AACAGAAAACCUCCAUACGCGUAUAUCUCGAACGCGUUUUGAAUUAAGAUGACCAGUUCUCAUGAAAACAGGGUCGAAUUCGAUGUACACAUGAAUGAGUCAGGCGAUACUGCUGUUAAGGAACAGAGGCCAGUUCACCAUGUUGCCAUUAUUGAGGACCACAGGCCAGGCGACGUGGACAAUGGAACCAUGGACGCUGAAGUGGUACUAAGAAGGGGACCAAUGAAGUGGCGAACAUUACGAGUUAUCGGUUUAGAUCUAAAGGAAUGUGCGAAUCCUAAAAACUUAAAGCUAAUAAGUUUUAUGAUAACUGGAUUCCUUGGAAUCAUAACACUUUCGUUGGCAACUGCCAGUGUUCUUGAAAAGUCACAUCUGGAAGAGGCUGUUAUUCAGAAUUAUCUGACUGUCCUCUUCUGUCUGGGAAUCGCGUGGAUACUGACUGUAUUGAUACUGGGUGCCAAGGACAAACUGACCAACGAUUACACCUACAAGGAAGAGAAAUCGAACGGCAUAAAUUUUCAGAAGCUGGGAGUUGCUGGUUAG